AUGCAGGAAUUUGAUGGGUCAUGCACGGAUCAUUCUCAAUUUUCUCGUUCUUGGGGACUCAUUUUGGACAGUGGUAAGGAAAUAGUUUGUCUUUCGGAGUUUAUAAGGCACCCCUAUCCUACACCACCCUUUUUGAGACUAACAAUUUUUCAUGUUGAUGUAGGUGGUACUGGGCUGACCCCUGAAAAGAUCACAACAGUCUACUGGUUUAGCCGGGCUGAGGCGAUUUCCUUCUCCACAAUGGUCAUAGCUCAGAACCUUUUUAGGUUUGGUUUUGGCCCCGAUCCGACUAUCACCCUUGCUGCUGCCUUGACCGCCCCUCCCCUACUACCGAUAAGGACUCUUCUCUUACGGGUCUCAAAGAAGACAUUGCCAGCUCCUCAAGAAAGAAGAGGAAGAGACCCUAGGAGUCUUCCUUGUAUGGAAGAUGCUCUUCCUGUAGUAAGGUGA